AACAUCCUGAGGGACAAAAAUCGGGGAACGACGAGUCAGUCGAGUUGAUAAUUGUCAGUAGGCUUUGGACCAAAAUUUGACACACUUGCCGCUCUCUUGUUUUGCCAGUAAUGGCAAAAUUCUUACUCACCCCGAAGAACUGAACUGAAAAUUAUCAUUCCUAGCCCAGUAAUUCGGGAAAUAGACAAUUUCACAUAAUUUAAAAUGGACUGUUAAUUCAAGAUUGGGAACGCUGUUACAUUUCGCAAGAUAUGGAGCAACUCUAUAACGAUCCGAAUGAAAUACAUGCAUUCUCAAUAUUUAUGGGAGUUUAUACGGUCAAUACCGGUUCCUAGCAAUAAAAUGAAUGUCACUAUGGAUGAUCAUCAAUCAGAUGGCGAAAGUCGGUCCAGCCUCGACGUCGACCGCAGUGUUUCACUGACAGACGUCUUUCCCUUCUGCAAUCAAUUGGACAAAUUUAUCGAAUACAUUCUGAACGUCAGAGAUCUGAAUUUCGUGACUUACGAAUACCCCAACAUUCUCAGAAAUCGGUUGGACAGCAGCGUGAGCGAGCUGCAAAGCAUACUCGCGGAAGUUAAAGAGGCUGCGGCUAACGUGGAAAAACUAAAGGCGCAAAAAAAAUCGGUUAGAAAAGAGAAAAUCACAGUUAAGAAGCUCUUGAAAAGAAUGCGGGAUGACGAGGUACGGGAAAUGGAAUGUACUAUAGCGCUGUACGAUAAGCCGAUGUUUUCGCGUUGGGAAAGUGUGAAGAACACCCAGAAACCAGAAGUAUUGGAGGGAAUACUGACGGACGUAAAAAAUAAACAGCAGGCAUUGGAGAACCUGAGCGUCCUGGUGACGCGAAAACUGAAUCAGGUGCAAGCUUUUCACCCCUUGAGUGGUGUUAAUGAGGCUGAUAAAAGUCCCAAGGAGAAGACAAUUAUUCCACUUCCGUUUCCCUCUUUCUGCGCCCCGCCAUUACCCCCAUCGAGGCCUCCUCCCCCGCCCCCACCAUUGCCACCGCCGAUUUCGGCAUCGGGUCCUGUGGCACCAUUCGUGGCGUCUCACUUGCCGAAGAGAUCGCACGCGCAACGUUUGUCGAUUCAAAGACGUCGCCGACUCGAGAGGCGGGAUGAGAAUCUGGAGAGAAGAUGCGUCGUUGCCGGGAACGUUGAGGACCUGUCCUUGGUACCCCUGACGAUCGGCGAACUACCGAGGUGCACUUUGGCCCCCAAUUUAUACCCAACGAAUCACGACAUUUUACCUCCAAUUAGCGGGCCGAGCACUACGGCUAGAAACGGAGUACACGAAGUUACUCUGCUCAAUAAUAACGUGGACAACAACGGGGCUGGCGGGCUGAGCUUCGAGUUCCAUAACGAAAUGCGAACGGUUUUGCAAGCUCUUUUUGGAGAACUUCGAUCAGCCCCGACACUUCCUGCCUUGGAUAAUACCUCGGGCAACGCUGAGGAAGCCGAGAACGCGUCGGACGACGUUCGAGAAAUUGAAUUUUACACCCUGAGAAAAAAUCAAUGACAAGCGGUGUCUCCGUGAAUUCUUGGAACUUGGUGAAAAAGGAACGAUAGUAUAGAAAAUAAAUGGAAGAGGAUAUAAUGGAGGGAGGACUCACGCUUGCCUGUCGUUUAAAUAAAAUAAAAAAUCAGUACUCACCGCCUC